AUGUUGAAACGAUGCUCGACGAUCGCCUCGUUGUUUCCUGAUGAUUCCAGCGAGUGCCCGGCAUCGACGACAUUGGUUCGUCAGCUCUACUUGCCGAGCCUCUCGACGUCCGCCUCUUUCGCCGUUCCAUCGUCAUCAUCGACGACGAGCCUUCCGCCGGCGCCGCCGCCGCUUCUCGGCGCCCAACAGCAUUCGGCGAGCAGCUCGAGCCUCAUCAAUACGAUUCACGGCCAUCGGAAUCCGGCGCUCGGCUCGACGAGCACAUUGACGCGCAGCUAUCAUCAGCCAUCGUCGGCGACCUCAUCGACAGCCAAUUUGUAUAGUAAUCAAGGUGGUAAUCAGGCGCAAUAUUAUUUGCCUAUGAGCUCAUCGACGGUGCUCAACAAUUCGUCCUCAUCGCCGUCGUCAUCGUUUCAGCAGCCGUCGUCGCAACAUCUCAAUUACUAUUCGAAUUGCGAUCAACCAACAGCAAACGCGUUCGAGCAUCAACGACGUCUUGGUGGCUCACAACAGCAUCUUUAUCACAACAACGCCAAUAAUCAAGCAAUUGUUGCGCAGCCGUUAUCCGCGUCGAGACCCAAUUAUACGUAUCAGCAGCAGCAGCCGCCGGCCGUCCCAUUAAGGCAUUCAAAACCUUCAGCGAAUUAUUUCGGCAAGUACUCGGAUCGUGGUGGGUCGUCAGGACCAUUUGAACCAGUCGCAGGAGCCAAUUGUGUUCCGCCGCUACGCGCCUCGAUAACAAUGAUUGACGUACUGGCGCCGGUACGCGACACCGCCGUCGCGCAGACCGCAACCACCGGCAGUUUGCCGACGACAGCAGCCGCGACAAGCUCAUCCAACGGUACGUGA